AUGAAUUAUUGCAGCCCGAUUUCAGUUCUUCCCAAUGAUUCAAACCAACACAACUUCAUUGCCGCUGUGACCAAAUUGAUAAACGAAUCCGAAGCCAGAAAAAGAAUGAAUAAUGCCGAAAUUGACGAAAAACUUGCCGAAUCAAUUGAGUUGGAAAAGAAGAAAUAUAAGAAGAGUUUGAAAAUGGACAAGGAUUUCGAACGUAGGUCAAUUUUUUGAUGCUCAAGUUGGAUUUGACCCAAAAUGAAGCACCUCCUUUACAGAAAUCGAGACGAUAAUGGGAGAAUGGGAGAAAGAUUCGGUUGGAGAAAAUGUUGGCGCCAAGUGGCCUAGUAAGUUUAGUUUCUCCAAAUUUUAAUGAAAAGUCGUUUUUUUUAGAAAUGAUCUCUGAAAUUUUGGCUGUUGUGAAGGAACACGCAAAAGAAGAGACCACAAGUUCUGGUCAAUAG